AUAAACAAGCAUAUAUUUGAUUAGAAAAUCUCCAACUGUCUGUCCGUGUUGUUGAGUCAGCUGAACAGACUUGAUCAUUCAAAAUUCAUAACCUCAUUAUGGAUCUCUCUCAAAAUCCAAUUUUUAUGUGCGAAGUUCUUUUCAAGAAUGCAAUAACAUAAUUUAUCAAGUAUAAUUUCUGAGGCUAAUGCUGUGUAGGAUGAAACUGCAUCAGUAUUGGAAGUGCAAUCUGGUACUUAUUUUUCUUAUUGGAUGAAGAGCUGCUGCCGGUGAAACUUCUAGCAAUCUUGGCUUUAUUUCCUUACCAUUUUUCCCUCUUUACGGUUGGAUAAUUAAUAUUAUGUUAAGAAAAAUUUGAGGUGCUGGUUUAUGCAGCACAAUUUGCCCGUUCUUGUUUGUUAACUACUUAAAUUUUGCCAAUUGUUAUUGUUACUACCUCAUUCAAUCAAUGAUGUGAUGAACCACCAAAUUUAAUCAAGGUCCUUUGGAUUUUAAUUGCUGUAAUUUUUGUUUGGUUCUCUAGUAGUAAAGUUUGGAAACCAUAAUGGAAGUCGCAAUUUUAGGAGUUCAGAUGUAUUUGUUUAUUCGAAGAGUGAUUCUAUCUUUAUAUGCAAAAUAGCUGUUGGUUGUGGGCUGCGCUGCACAACAUUGAACAACGUAGGCAUCAGGUAUGGUAUUGUUUAGUGGCAUUUCACCUCAAAAAGAGAAUGAAUUUGAUCAUCUGGGAUAGAGCUCUGCUACUCUUGUAGUCGCUUUUUUCUGCCUCAAACAAGGCCCUGUUCGGCUUUGUAUUUAUUCCCUCUAGCCUUACAGUUAUUUUCCUUGCCAUCUAGGCUAUGAAGGCCCAAAGGGAGAUGGAUAAGAUGCCAAGUAGCUAAUAGUAAUAUGCAGUGCUGAUUGAGGUGCGGCUUCCAGCCUUGCCUUCCGAUAUAAUAGACGACAGCAAAAUCACAUGGAAUUUGGUUCGUUACUUAAGGAAGUAGAAGUCCAUUAUGUUCGCUGGGCCUCAUGCAAUCCGGUAAAAAGGACCAAUCCUUUUUGCAUCACGAAGCAAGCGGAUGUGGAGCACCGUCCUCCCAAAAUAUCAUUGUAAUCCAGCUUUAGCCAAUCAAUUUUGAGCCAUACGCCCUCGUGUCAUUUCCAUACGCUAAUAACGCCAAUGAGAUAAAAUUUGGAAAAGAGACCCAUCUCUCUCUCUCUCUCUCUCUCUCUAUCUCUCUCUCUUCCUCAGAUACCAACCAUGCCUGCCGCAGCAGCAACAGCUUUACACUCUACUUUCUGCUUCUCUUCCCAGAAACCCGCACCCUCAAACUCAAAUUCCCAGCAACCAAACACCUACUUAUCAGCAAAACCCAAAAAUCUCCUGCACAAGCAUCCACUCUAUACACCAGCUCAUAUUAACAUUCCUUCCCAAAUUAAAGAAAAGAUCCUAUGCCUUGAAAUCAUGGGUGUUGAUUCUGGCAAAGCAUUAUCCCAAAAUCCUUCUCUCCACUCUGCCUCUCUAGAUUCCAUUCACUUCAUAAUCUCUUUUCUCCAAUCCAAAGGCAUCCACCAAAAGGACUUGGCUAGGAUUUUUGGUAUGUGUCCUCAAAUCCUCACCUCAAACAUCAAAACUGACCUCAACCCAGUUUUCGAAUUCCUAUCCCAUGACCUCAAAGUCCCAGAAAAUAAAUUUAGAAGGGUCAUCAACAAAUGCCCAAGAUUGCUUGUUUCUAGUGUCAGAGACCAGCUGAAACCAUGCCUUUUAUAUCUCCAAAGGCUUGGGUUUAAAGAUUUGGGAGCUUUGGCUUAUCAAGAUUCGGUGUUGUUGGUGUCUAAUGUGGAGAAUACCUUGAUUCCUAAGUUGAAGUACUUGGAGAGUAUUGGGUUUUCAAGAGAUGAGGCUGUGGGCAUGGUUUUGAGGUGCCCAGCAUUGUUUACUUUCAGUGUUGAGAACAACUUUAUGCCAAAAUUUGAGUACUUCUCUGAGGAAAUAAAGGGGAAAUUAGAGGAGUUGAAGGAGUUCCCUCAAUAUUUUGCUUUUAGUUUGGAAAACAGGAUAAAGCCAAGGCGCAUAGAGGUUAUUCAAAGUGGGAUUAAAAUGGCUUUGCCAACAAUGCUUAAGAGUACUGAUGAAGAGUUCAGGGAGCUGCUAACGCAAGGAGCUGGAUAGAGUGAUGAAGUUAUGGCCCCAUCCAGCCAGUUCCUCAAGCUUGGCAGCCUCCAAAUCGGGGUCAAUGGAAGCUCAAUAAAGAUGCUUCUGUUAAUUUGGAUCACGAGGUUGUUGGGUUGGGGGAUGUGGCGCGUGGUUCUUCUGAUGAAGUUUUGUUCAGGUCUUCAUGUGUCUUGACAGCCCGAGUUUGCAGAGGCAAUGGGUAUCCUAUUUGGCAUUCAUUGUGCUUUGCAGCAUCAGGUUGAGGAGCUGAUCGGGGAGAGUGACUGUAUUAAAGUCAUUAAUUAGCUUGUCUAAGAGGCAGGAUGGUCUGCAAUUGCUGCAUUCUAUUUUAAAGGAUGUGCACCUGCUGUCAACGCAUUUCCAGUCUAUUUAGUUCAAAUAUGCACAUAGAGAUUGUAAGUGUUGCUUAUGAGUUGUCUAGGCUAGCUUUUUCAUUGUCUAAUCAUGGAUCGAUGUAGUGUUGGGAGCGUUCUGCUCCUUACGUUGUUUUGCCUUUUGUGGUUGCAGAAUUUGCUUCUGCUUCUUAUUAAUUGAAUCCUGACAAGGCAAACGCCACGAAUUUGCAUUCAGACUUAAAUGGUUUUAUUUCAGCACUAGGUGAAAGAUAAACAAUCCAUUAUGAGUUUGAUUCGAUGGAAAAUACAAAUUAUUAUGUCAAGGUGUGGAAUAUGAAUGGUUGAUAAAGAACAAUUGAACUGGAGGUGGAGGGGCAGAGUGCUGAUUUGAAUAAACUCACAUUACACCCUAAUACCAACUGAUAUCAACAAUACUAUCAUUCUCAUCUUCAUAUUGUUCAACUUUUAGGUUUGAAGAGGAAAGCAAGUUAGGCAUCAGAUGGACAUACAAAAUUCUCGAAUACAUGAUUUGUCCCCGUUCUUCAAUUAUUCCUACUAGCUUGCCAUCGGUUUCUAACUUACUUCACAAACUGGGUCCAGAAGGAUCCUGAACAGUCUACUAAUUAAAGAAGACAUCUUGGGAGAUAAAUGCAGCCCAAGCAUCCUGUAACCGCAUAUAAAGAAUUGAAUGUUAUUUUGGAUUAUUGAUUCUUUUCUCCUACUGAAACAAUUUAGGAAAUCUAUUGAAAUAAAUUCUUUUAUUUGUUUUCAAA